GCCAUCUUGGCUUUCGUGUUUGCUUCCUUCUGUUUUGCAUUUGGCUUUAUAAAUCACUUCUACACUAAAAGAUAGAGGCCUAAAUUACGCUACAACUGCCUUUAACUAUGGGGGUUUUAAACAUCAGCGAUCACUUGAAGCAUCGGCGACGAAUUACAGAAGAAAAUCAGGACUACACAUGGGUAGAUGAAGAUGUCAACGAAGUUACAGAGACUGAGCCUGCACAGCCUGCCAGGCACAGUCCUCGUAAACACAAGUCCAARCAGCACUAUUUGAAGACACCCGGACACAAACCAAAGGGAAGCAGAAGUGGACGGCGAUAUGAGAACACUUGUUACCUGUUAAGUCUGGUUGAUCAUGAAGAAAUUGGUGAACUUGAAUUGUCAGACAUUGUUAGCACAACAAUGACAAUCUUCUCAUCUUUAUUUGACGACCCUCAGAAAAUGAAGAUAUGGAAUGACUUUGCAAACCUACCAGAGGAUGAUCAGAUAAGCUAUUUGAGGUGUCAAAACUCUUGUGAAGAGAGCACAGCAAGUGAAUGUGUAACAGAAGACAGUCGUCUACAGACUGAUAGUGAGCUGUAUGCUGCAGCAGAAAGGUCAUACUUAAAUGUCGACAAGAAAAUUAGAGGAACUUUCAGAAAAAAGCAAUUUUCCUUGGGCAGUCUUGAACUGCUAGAGAAAGAUUUGAUGGAGUGUCUGUCCAAUUGUCMAGAUGCAGUAAUSAUAUCCAACCAUCCAUCCAGUUUGGACAGGAUGAUGGUCCACGCUCUUUGCCAGUAUCUCAAGUUAUUAUGUACAAGCCAUAAUUUCAAUGGAACUCGUCUGAUGGAAGUAGAAAGUAGCGAUGCUUUCUUCUUACCAAGUAUACCACUGUCAAAUUACCUCAAACACAGAAUACUCAGCUGACAGAGGAACAAGAAUUAUUGAAUAUGCUUAAGUACAACUUCAAGGUGCCAUUGGAAAAAUUGUCAGGGGAGGGGUAGGGAGCAUUAAUUCUAAUUUUAUUUUUUAUGUAUUGGAUAGCAAUAGUAUUAAUAUCAUAUACAAUACUGUUGUUUGUAAAAAUAGUAUCAAUAAAAAAAAUUAAUGCAUGCAUGAAUGUAGCAUGUGAUCAA